ACAAAGACUCUGUUGGCCACGUGCAACACAGCGGUUAAGCUCCAAACAUAUCUUGCAUUCCUUUAAUACCUUUUCUGGUCGGGUGCACCUUACGGGUAUAUAAGGCCGGUGCGCGCAAUUGGGCGUUGGUCAUUCUUUUCUUUUUGUUAUCACACUGUUACGUUGAAGUUCCGUUUGCUGUGCGCUCUCCUCCAGCCACGCCACUGCACUGGUCUUAUAGUUUAGCCCCGCCACGCCCCAGCCUGCUCGGCCCGUUACAAAUUUUGGUGGCAGCGGUGGCCCGGAUCUCAUAUCCGAGUUGAAACUUAUGUUUUAAGCACAUGUAUUACAAUUAUGGAUAGCAGGCAGACUUCUGGGGUGAACCUUUCAGAUAUGGAUCAUCCUCGUUUAGAACGAUCAACACCAACUCAUGUAAAAUCCAUUCAAGAUGAAAUCGCUCAAUUAGAGGCUGAAAUAAGUACCAUUCAUUGUGAAGUUGUGCAGGGAGUGGCUCGAGGACAGCACCGUUCAAAUUCCCGUGAUGUUGGAGAAAAAAAUUGUUCAACGAAUGACCCCCCAACAGAACAGACAAAUCACAGUCGUAAUGCUAGUGUAGUGUAUGUAGAUAAAUCCAAGCAGCGUCUUCCUGGCAAUUUUGACGGGACAACAAAUUUUAAAGAUUGGAUUGUACAUUUUCAUUUGUGUUGUGAAGUCAAUGAUUGGAAAGGUGUUGAUAAAAUUACCCAACUUGCUGUCAGUUUAAGAGGUGAAGCACUUAGACUGUAUCGAAAUAUCCCAGAUGUACAUAAACAUGAAUAUGAUUUUGUUGUUGGUGAACUGCGCUCUCGCUUUAGCCCAACACAUAGCGUAGAUACAUAUAGAUCACAACUCAAGCAGCGUGAACGCAGACAAGGUGAAAAGCUAGCAGCGCUCGCUCAAGAUAUACGCAGUCUUAUUUCUCAUGCAUACCCGCAAAUGGAGACAACAAGCACUGAUCAUUUAGCAGUUAGCUACUUCAUUGAUGCACUGCGUCCCUCAACCAUUAGGGCAGAAGUGCGGCGCGUAAACCCACAUACACUUAAAGACGCUCUUCAUGCAGCACAACGCGAAGAAGACAUUUUACAAGCUGAAGCUAGCGCGACAGGCAUGACAACAUCUGCUCUGCAGCAGCAGCGCGUUGCAAGCUUACAAGAGCCAAAUUCACCAGCAUCAGUGAGUGUUGAUGAAAAGAUCAGUAGAUUAGAGCAAAAACUUGAAGAGAAUAUCAAAAUUGUUCAAGGUUUGGUAGAAACUCUGAAACGUAAAGAUAGGAGGUGUUUCAAUUGUGGAAAGCCAGGUCACAUUCGUAGGUUUUGUAAGUUGCCUCCACAACAAAGGGAAUCUGAAUCGAAUGUCAUGCCCACAGAUAGAAACCUUGCUGAAACAACUAACAGUCAAGCGUUAAACUAGAUCAGGUUGUUCGUGGAGUCGACGCUCAACCACCCGGUAUGCAAAAGACUCAACCCAAUACCAGUCUAUAUGUAUUCACUGUUAUGUAUGGAGUUGCCGUAAAAAUGCUUAUUGACACUGGUUCGUCUUAUUCAGUCAUUCAUCCACGGGUUUUACAACUUUUCCCAGAUGAAGUCAAAAACCAAAUUCAACCAUGCAAUUUGUCAAUGGUUACUGCAGAUGGAACGUCAAUUAGAAUAAAUGGGCAGAUUUCAGUAAGCUUACAAAUAGGGAAGCUAGAAACCACGCACAAUAUUGUAGUGGCCGACAUAAAUCCAGCAGGUAUUCUUGGAAUGGAUUUCCUAGACCUCCAUGAAUGUAUGAUCAAUGCGAGUAAGAAUUACCUAACAGUAGACGGUGUAACAGUACAUACAGUUAAAGAGGCUAAUUCCUCUCAUUGUUGUCGCAUUGUUGUAGAUCACACUGUAACUGUACAGCCCGGGCAAGAGGUUAUUAUCCCCGGCAGAGUAAGGACAAGAAAUGCACUUAGUAAAUCGGGCAUUGUUGAACCAACCUGUAAUGUGACUAGAGACAGAGGCAUUUGUGUAGCCCGUUCCUUGGUUCAUACAGACAACAAGUAUGUCCCAGUGAGAGUAUUUAAUGUACAGCCAGAACCAAUUGUACUCUACAAAGAAACCAAUCUAGCUUUACUUCAGCCUGCUCACGAUGUUUCACAAUUAGCAGACUACAUCGAGACCAAUGAGGUAUUAAGUGAUUGUAAAGAUGAAGACUUCGAAGAUUUACUAGAUCGUACAUGUGCCAAACUUGAAAAAGAUCAAGAGCAAAAAGUUUGUGAGUUACUGCGUAGCCAUAAAUCUGUGUUUGCAAGAAAAAACGAACUUGGUCGUACUAAUCAGGAACAACAUAAGAUUUAUUGUGACAGCCACCCUCCUAUCCGACAAGCUAUUAGGAGAGUACCUUACCAUCAAAGAUCAGAGGUUCAAGAUCAGAUAGAUGAUAUGUUAGACAAAGGAGUUAUCAGUCCAUCACAAAGCCCAUGGCUAUCCCCUGUAGUACUUGUACGUAAAAAGGAUGGUAGUCUAAGAUUCUGUAUAGAUUACCGUAAACUCAAUAACAUUACGAAGAAAGAUGCAUAUCCUCUUCCAAGAAUCGAUGACAGCUUAGAUGCUCUCCAUGGUGCUCAGUGGUUUAGUACUCUAGAUUUAGCUAGUGGGUACUGGCAAGUGGAG